GCGCUGAAUGAAGUGAAUCAGCCCCAGACUGCUAGAAUAGUAAGAACCUUUUCUCCCCGUCUCUCUCUCUCUCUCUCUCUCUCUCUAUCCGUCUGUCUCUACAAUCCCAUCUCUCUCUACAUUUCUCCUCCUCUCUCUCUCUCUCACACACACACACAGACAAACGGCAGUAUACACUAUCCAUCCAUCCGUCCAUCCACUGCACAGCCCGGUAAGGGACCUGCUAGACAGGGAAAAGCAACAGAUCAUGUUCUCUGAAGCAGAUCCAGCACAGCUCUGAGACAUCAGCCUCUGAGAUGAGACUCCAUCCAUCCUAAUUCUCUGUCCUGAAGACCUGGACGGAGACCAAACAAAAUAAGGACUUUAGAGACACCAAAAACUCUGGACAUCUUACCUGGACAGGAUUCUUGAAGCCGAACCAGGUCCACGAGGACUUACGAAGGUGCUUUGCCGCUUGUUUUUCUAUCUUGUACGGGGCUGGCGAAGGGGCCGGUGAAAGUUAGCCAAGACGCCGCGUGCCGUGCUCCGCGUGAAGAAUGCCCAGACGCGCCUGCCCAAGCCGGCGGACACGGCGCCGGCACCUACACCGGGCCUUUACAUGGAGCGCUCGCAGAGUCGCAUCAGCUUGUCCGCUUCCUUUGAGGCCCUGGCUAUCUACUUCCCCUGCAUGAACUCCUUCGAUGAGGACGAUGGCGACCCAGAGGGCCGGAGGUUAAAGGGCAUUCAGAGGAGCACAGAGACAGGGCUGGCCGUGGAGAUGCCCAGCCGAACGGUCCGGCAGGCGAGCCACGAGUCCAUCGAGGACAGCAUGAACAGCUACGGCUCGGAGGGAAAUCUGAACUACAGUGGAAUGUGUUUGGCAUCAGACGCCCAGUUUAGUGACUUUCUGGACGGGAUGGGACCUGAAUUAAUCGUGGGCAGACAGACACUAGCUACAACUUCAAUGGGAGAUGUUGAGAUCGGUCUGAUGGAGAGAAACGGACAGCUGGAGGUGGAGAUCAUUCAGGCUCGAGGACUCAUCAUGAAGCCCGGAUCUAAGGGCCCUCCAGCGGCCUACAUUAAAGUCUACCUUCUGGAAAACGGCAUCUGCAUUGCCAAAAAGAAGACGAAGUCCGUCCGGAAAUCGUUAGACCCCCUUUACAAUCAAGUCCUUGUUUUUUCAGAGAGCCCACAGGGAAAGGUUGUACAGGUGAUCGUUUGGGGAAACUACGGCCGGAUGGAUCGCAAAUGCUUCAUGGGCGUGGCCCGCAUCCUGUUGGAGGAGCUGGAUUUGACAAACAUGGUGAUUGGCUGGUACAAGCUCUUCCCCACCUCCUCUAUGGUGGACCCCACGAUGGCGCCGCUGAUCCGUCACUCGUCACAGCUCUCUCUGGAGAGCACCGUGGGCCCGUGCUGCGAACGCUCAUAAGACUAACUACUAGAUUUAGUGUUCUCUGGAAGGGCUCUCACGGCCCCCUCCCCCACCCCGAUCCUAAGAGUGCUGGUUGUGCAUGACGGCGGCACCGGGACCCUCUGGAAUGUUCUAGAAUUUCUUCAGAACAAAUGACCUUUCUGGAAUAUUCCAGAAUUGACCACAGAGGGGAUGCUCUCUUUCAGCCUCUGAGAAAAAAAAGACUUCAGGGCAGGCAAAGGAUGCAGGCCGGACGUCUGGGCUUUAUUUUAGCUUUCAACACAUUAGCUUGUGGUGGUCUGUACGAGGAAUCGUCCUCCAUUUAGAACUGAAAGCAGGUGAACGGAUGGGUUCGUGCAAUAUGACACGCUACAGAGAGAAGAAUGUAUCGGUAAUAAAGGUGCGGGUUUGCAUUCAUCUUCUCGUGUAAUUAACAAUACAGGAAUAGAUAUACGUCUUAAAAAGAUUCAAUAUGUGUCGUUUGAAAAGAGUCGAUGUUUGUAGUUCAUGAUUUCGGAUCUUUUUCCGUUCGUGUCUCUUCCGUUUCGUCUUUCUCAUUACUGAACAGUGCCAAUGCUGCCAGCAAGUGGCUUUAUUCGCGGCUGGUGUCUAUAUUCGACUGACUGCAGGCUUUACGAAUCGAUACGUAAGCAGACACAUAUUCGAAAAGGUCAUCUUUUCCCAAACAACGACAAUGUCGUCGUACGUUUUUUUCCCAAACCAACAGCAUAUGGAUGCAAGGUGCUGAAGUAACAUGGCGAUUAUGAAUGAAAUGAUAUGUUAUGGCAGAGGUGAGGUUUUUAAAGAGCUAUAUAAGCGAUACACGAGUGACAUGUAUAUAAAAUGAAUGAAUUUAAAUUUAAAAGGAGAUACAAAAAAAUAUGAAACGCGUGCAAUACAUUAUUUCUAAAAAGCACAGCAUAGGCCUAAUCCAAAAAAAAAAAAAAAAAUGGUCAAAUUAAUCGCUGAGGCCAAUAUUCAGUCUACCACUAAUUAUUAAGACAUAAUUUAGUUUUGCAAUUUAUAAUCUUAAAUGUCUUUCUUAUAAGCAACUGCUAGUUUGGCAUAAGCCAAAGCUGACUUUCUUUACAUUCUGCUAUUAUUUGUGACUUCGGGAUGCAGAAUCCUUAGUAGCAAUGAUAAGGCUGUAGCAUUAGAUAGUAGCAUACGCAUGAAAGGCAUCUUAGUUUGCCACCAUCUAAUGAGAUUUUGCAUGGAACGGAUUGAUACGGGAUUACCGAGGGGGGUUUUUUUUUUCGCUGGCAGUCGAGCAAACAUGUAGCAGCGGACGAUCAAUACUGUUACAUCGCACCGAGAUGUGCCGCGUGCCGUCCUGACGCAAGAUUAAUAAACGUUUUCAUACGUCCUGAAAAACAUUUCUACGCGAAGCAAAACAGGCGUUUCUGCAUAGCCAAGAAUUUUUACGUCCAGCAUAAAAAUGAGUAUUUGUGAAAAAAACAAAACAAAAAUAAAAAACGCACUAGUCACCGCUAGAUAAGACGAUUUUUUUUUAAAAAGAUGCAUUCCUCUCUGAGAAGUUCGGGAGUGAUGAUAUCGAUGAACGCUGAAAAACGUACCUCAACGUAUGUCGUGAAGGCCAUAUAAAGCACUGCCACAUUCUUUUUGAAGACUUUAAUGUUCAUCGUCUUAAAAAGCAAUAACUAAAUGAAUUUUUGCUCACUUUAUUUGUUACAGGGAGUAAAGCCAGACUGUCUCUGCAUUACAUCAGAAACUUCUGCAUCCAUGUAGCAAUAGAUACUCGGUUUUAGACGAAGCGCUGAACGUCUGAGAUCCUCGAGAUUUUAGUGCCAUUUCAAAUACGUGUUGAAGAGCUAAAAAAAUAAAAAAAUAAAGCAUAAUUUAGAAAACUCCUUUUGGGACAAUAUAGUGCUAUAUAUAUAUUAAUAUACAUCAAUUUAAUUCAGCAUCGUUUCAUUGUUCACAGAUGUCGGUCACUGUAUGAAAAACUACAUAUUUUUUCGGUCUGUUUAUUGUAAAUAGACACCUUUAGUGGGUAAACAAUAAUAAAUCCGAUUUGGGAUGUCAAUAUUGAGUUUUUUAGGCUGUAAGCAACACAUUUCUCCUGUUUUUUUAAUCAGCAUGAUAUUAUUGCUGAUAUCUGGAUUGGAUAUAUAGAAUUGCUUUCAAACACCAAAUACACUUAUAAAAGAAUGUGAUUUAUAGAGUUUCGAAUGAAAUAACUCCACAGUAGUUUUUUGUAAAGCCUUAACUUGUAAACCAGAGGUCUUAAAAAAAAAAAAAUUGCAGUUGUAUGGCGGAGAAACGAGCAUGCAAGAAUGUCAUUCUGCUUUUAUUUCUAUUCAUUUUUUGUGUUUACUUUAAACUGGUAAAUGGCCUUUUGUCAUCACACGGUUUUGUAACUAAUUAACCUUCUACCGUAUCAACUGUACUUGUUGAUAGGGCAAAAUAAUCAACGUAUUCCUGAAAAAAUUGGACGCUGUGAUAUUUUUCUUUGUGGAGAUACUCGUUUAAAAACCUUAUUACUAUUCAUUCUAUGUAAAUUUGAAUUGGUAAAAUAACGUCACUGUUGAUUAAUGCACAAUUCAGUGUAUUGUUACUCUGUUGAAAAUGGUUAUACAGAAUAAAAUAGCUCACUCUGAUUUACAAAA